AUGACCAGUACACAGACUGCAGUGACUAGUACACCAACCAGUACACUGACCACAGUGACCAGUACACAGACUGCAGUGACCAGUAAACCAACCAGUACACUAACCACAUUGAACAGUACAACAACCACAACAUCGACCAUAGUGACCAGUACACUGACCAGCACAGCGACCACAGAGACCAGUACACUGACCAGUACACCGACCACAGAGACCAGUACACCGACCAGCACAUCGACCACAGAGACCAGUACACUGACCAGUACACCAACCACAGAGACCAGUACAUCGACCAGCACAUCGACCACAGAGACCAGUACACUGACCAGUACACCGACCACAGUGACCAGUACACAGACCAGCACAUUGACCACAAUGACCAGUACACCAACUACAGUGACCAGUACACCAACCAGUACACUGACCACAACCAGUACACUGACCAGUACACCGACCAGCACAUCGACCACAGAGACCAGUACACUGACCAGUACACCGACCACAGAGACCAGUACACAGACCACAGAGACCAGUACAUCGACCAGCACAUCGACCACAGAGACCAGUACACUGACCAGUACACCGACCACAUUGACCAGUACACCGACCAGUACAUCAACCACAGAGACCAGUACACCGACCAGCACAUCGACCACAGAGACCAGUACACCGACCAGCACAUCAACCACUGUGACCCCCAUACCCACCACAGCAUCCAUUAUAUCAACCACUUUGGCCCAGCAAACUGACCACAGAAUCAAAUACAUCAAUCAAGAUGUCCAGCACUCCGACCACAGAGUCCAGAACAUCAACCACAGAGUCCAGAACAUCGACCACAGACUCCAGCACUCCAACCACAGAAUCCAGCUCUCCGACCACAGAAUCCAGCACUCUGACCACAGAAUCCAGCACUCUGACCACAGAAUCCAGCUCAGUGACCACAGGGUCCAGCACACCAAACACACAAUCCAGCACACCAAUCACUCAAUCUAG